AUAACAGUGGAACGCUGAGCUUUUCUCAAACGAGAUCAACUUGUUGUGAAAGCGCAUGCGCGAGUGCGGUCACUGGUGGCUGUUCCAAGCAAAACGCACAUUAAAAUGGGCAAUUCUGGCAGCUCCCAUCAAAUGAACAUCCAGAGACAAAAUAGGGACCCGCAUGCUAAAAAUCUCUCCCAACAGUUUCGCCAAAGCUCACAUCGUAAUUACGAUUAUGCAAAAUCUGACAUAAGGUCGAGUCCUACUCCACAAAGAGGGCACAGCCAGCAAUGGCGGAAGUCAUAUCCGACGUCGAACAGUCAGAAGCUAUUACACUACAAAACAGAUGAGAGUGUCCAAUUUAAAGUACUGCCCCGGAUUGACAAGAGUCUUCACCUACGAGCCACUACGAAUGGAGCAAUACUCAAUUCUGGAGGUACGAUCAGCGGUCGAAGGCUGAGUGAAAACCCUGUUUCAUACCCAAUGAACGUGCCAAUGCAAAGAUCGCGGACCUUUAUAGUCGAAUCUACAAAUCACUCAAUGCAGACAGAGUUUACCCGUUCACAAACGCUUCAUCAUGUUAAAGCGAAUUACAAAAGAGACAAUUUAGUAUCAAAUACAAAAUCUAAUUUGUCCCAAAUGCAACGACACACAUAUUCAGAGCCGGAACUAGUAAAACAAAAUUUUAAUGAAACUGCGAUGAAUCAAUCACUAGCUAGAUCGGAGAAAAAGAACAAGUACACUAAAAAACGUAGGGCUCCCGAAGUGCCUACUGAAACAAUGAAUAUUGAAGCUGCCGUUCAUCCAGAAACAGCUAAAAAAGAUAACAUCUCUACAAGUAUUAAGAUUAAAAAUGACCAGGGCAGACAAACUCAUUUCUCGAAAAAUACCGAUCGACUGACUACAGUAAAUAAAGCAUCAAAUUUAUCAUUUAAGAGGAAAAGUGCGGAACGAAACUCUGUUGGUGGAAAUUGCAGGCCAAGUGUACCAAUGCAGCGGUCGAAAAUGACCUACAGGCGUGAAAAAAGUUCUGAUGCUAUUAUAAUAAGAAGUAAGAAUGCAAAGGAGGCUAAUGUUAACACAGAAAACAUUGAAGAUAAGAAAACUCAUUACAAACAGAAUAGCCAUUCUAUUAAAGAAUCAUCCAUGAAUUCUAUAUCGAAUACAAAAGAAACAAAAAAUGCUUCUGCUCCGACCCCCGAGGUUCAAAAUCACAGACGAACAUUUUAUUUCGGCAUGGAUGUCAACACUUCCACAGAGACUCGCCAAGAUUCUCAAGAUAACAACAAAGUUCUGCAGCCAAUUAAUGGAUUUCCACCAGAUCCUCCUGCAAAGAAUAUCGUCUCUAACCCAAUUACGUAUAAUAACGAGAAAAACGUUAUUUCAAAUGAAGUUACAUCGCUGCUUUUUGUUCCGAACUAUGAUAUUGAAUAUAGAAAGUCAACAAGUCAAGAGGACAGCGUUGAUGACAAUGGUUUGCGGCUUUGCAUCCGCCCUACUCUGCCACGUCGUCAACUUGAUACGCCUUCCUUUAGCCCGGCGUUAGCUUGGCGCUCUCUUUUUGAUGAUGAAGUUCAGAUUGAUAGAGAUAUGAAUAUACCAUCAGAUCCAAGUAGUUACCUAAAAACAGAAAAAACCGAGCUGCCAAUUCAACCGAGCUAUAUUUACGAACUAAGACAUGCUCGCAAAGUAAAUAACUUGCAAAAUCCAUGGACGCCUGAGCAGGACCUGUGCGAUCAAAUUGAUGACAGAGCGGGGAAUCUCAACACAGAUUCAGACUCGAGCUCGGACGACUAUCGCUCUAAAUGUGAGGGAGAAGCUUUAUUAUUCUACGGUAGCAAGUCAAAAAUAUCUUCCCAUAAUUCGGUAUCACCCCUCCACACCUUUAGUCUUUCUCUACCUAGAGAUGGUCACUUACAACAUGCGCGGAAGCUUGAUAAUUUAAAGUCAAAUGAUGUAUCCAUUUACAAAAGCCUUCGAAAAAGAAAGCCCGAAUUUUUUUUUAGCAAACGUCCUGUUUGUGGAGUUACCAGCUUAAAUGCUCAGACCACGGGUAUUUCUGUAACUAAAAUUGAUGGCUUCGAGAACUGGAUGCUACAUAAAAAUGUCGACAAACACGCAGUUUGCUUGAAUAUAAUUAAAGAUACAGAUAACAGACAGGAAUUACCUGUUAUUGAACCACAAUCAUUAAAAAAACUAGCUGGGGGAAAGCACGUAAUGUAUCUGCCCGGAAACAACGAAAAACCAUCUUGCAAUAGCGAUAGAGGUGAGCUCGAAACUUGCAAAGCAAAAUCCAGUCGUCAUUUCAAAAGCCGACAACGCCACGUACCUGAAAACCUGCAGGACAAAACUCCAGUAUAUCCUAUUUCGAGUGUAACUGAGACGAAUCUAAAAUUUGCCGACAAGUUUCAUCAGCGAUUUACAUUCCAUAAUCCAGUGCGCUUAUUGGAGAAGUUGUAUUCAGAUAGAUCAAUGAAAGAUACUGAAGAUACUGAAAACACUCACAAGAGCGAGGUUGAAGCUUUGAAAAGAGUGGAGGAAGACUUUCAACGCAACCGUGCCAAUGAAAAAGAGAGUAUUCGUCAUCAGUUACAACUUCAUUUUGGUCUUGAAAGUAAAAACAAAGAACUUUACCACAGCCUGCCCAUUCCAUCUAUUCUGGAUAGUUUUUCUUCCAUUGACAUAAAUGACACCAACAAUAACACGUUUUGUCGAGAUGAACCGGAAGGCUGUGCCUCCAACACUUCCCCUGUGGGUCCUGAAGGCGACUCCUGCUGAUCCUUAUGAGGUGCGAGCGAUAAAAGAUAUUCUCCGAAAUUUGUUAGUACAUAAAUAUGUAUAUAAAUAUACAAAACUAGCUUUUGAAUAAGUGGUUUGUGUGUUCCUGGAUAUCAGACAGGUCUUUGAUCGGAUGGGACAUCGAUUAUAUUUCCAAUCAGCAUCACAGUCAUCACAGUCGAUAUAGCAAAGUCCCUCCGUUUAUUUAUACAUAUGUAUAUACAUAGCUGCAAUUGUGUGAAAUCCGUCUCUGACU